AUGAUGGGUUGGCCUACACCACCUCACCAAAUGGCUAGCCCACCACUGGCCGACUCGCUUUGCCACGGCAAGACCCGGGGGAAGAAGAACUCCACAGGUCGGAGAGUGUUCUCAUUGAAAGAGCUGCAGUCUGCCACCAACAACUUUAACUACGAUAACAAGAUCGGGGAAGGAGGGUUUGGAAGCGUGUAUUGGGGGCAGCUCUGGGAUGGGUCUCAGAUUGCUGUCAAGAGACUAAAGGUCUGGAGCAACAAGGCUGAGCUUGAAUUCGCUGUUGAGGUUGAAGAAGAACUGAAGCGAAUGGUGCUUGUUGCCCUUGCCUGCACGCAGAGCAUGCCAGAGAAGAGACCAACAAUGACUGAAGUAGUCGAUCUUCUCAAGGGAAUCCCACUGAUGAUAGCUUCAGUUUCGUAUCCGAAGAAAAGGAUUCUAGAGCAAACGCAAUUGCAAAGCUAUCUCUUCAUAAACAGAAAUGUGUUUCAGAAUAUCUUCAACAUGCAAUCCUUCAACCAGAAGAAGCAGCAGCACUUUGGAAAGCGUGUAAGAUUGAAGAAGUUGCUGCAGUUACAGGGAUCAGAUAUACACAAGUCAGAUAUACACAGAAAUCUCCUUGAGAUUUUGAGAAUGGAGAUGGAAUAA